UAGUGUCUAGCUUCACAUAGGUGAAGCAAAUGAACCAACAACACCGACAUGACGCAUGGUGGUGAUAUAUGUAUAAAAAACAAAUACUUCAUACCGUAAAUGGUAAAAGUAAAUAACGAAACAAAAGGAGGUAUCGGAAAACAACUUCGUCUUUCCCAUACAGGCUUUUUCCAUACGAGUGGUUUUGCUCUUCAUCUGUGAAUACGGAUAGUAGGGGCAACAUUUCGCAAUCUAUUUUGCAUACAGUUGAGUGCGCGCACUAGACUGGAACCUUUUUCCUUGUUUAACGUAGUAACAUGAACAUUACAUCAUUUAUUUAAGCUUUUUAUUUUAACUUUAUACGGCGUACAUUUCUAAGGUGUUUUGUGAAACCUUUAUUCGCGCGCGACGUCUGCGCUAUAUUCGAGUGAAACCAACGGGGAUUAACAUAAAACACGGAAUACAAUGACUAUGUCAGUCCCGGAGAGGAAUUCAGGGUCCGAGGGGAAGGAGGAGGAGAGUGAAGAUGAGAGCGAAAUCCUCGAAGAAAGCCCAUGCGGUCGCUGGCAAAAGCGAAAGGAGCAGAUCAGUCAAGGUAAUGUCCCUGGUGUUGAGAGUGCGUCGCUGGCCAUGGACACAGAGGAGGGAGUCGAGGUGGUGUGGAAUGAGGUGCUUUUCAAUGACAGGAAGGUCUUCAAGGCACAGGAGGAGAAGAUUAAAGAGAUGUUUGAGAACCUGAUGCAGGUUGAGCACCCAAACAUAGUCAAAUUCCAUAAGUACUGGCUGGACAUGAAAGAGAGCCGAGCUCGGGUCAUCUUUAUCACAGAGUACAUGUCCUCAGGCAGCCUCAAGCAGUUUCUCAAGAAAACCAAGAAAAACCAUAAGACCAUGAACGUCAAGGCUUGGAAGCGAUGGUGUACCCAAAUUCUCUCUGCCCUCAGUUACCUGCACUCCUGUGAACCGCCCAUUAUCCAUGGCAACCUGACCUGUGACACCAUCUUUAUCCAACACAAUGGCCUCAUCAAGAUUGGCUCAGUAUGGCACCGGCUGUUUGUGAAUGUGUUUCCGGAGGCCAGUGUUCAUGGUAAAGUCCGCCCCAACCGAGACGAACAGAGGAACCUGCACUUCUUCUCUCCUGAAUAUGGCUUGGCUGAGGAUGACUAUGCUAUUGACAUCUUCUCCUUCGGGAUCUGUGCUCUGGAGAUGGCUGUCCUGGAAAUACAGGCUAAUGGAGAUGCUGUUGUGUCCAAGGAGGCCAUCACCAACGCAGGCCAGUCUCUGGAGGAUCCCCUCAUGAGAGAGUUUACUCAGUCGUGUGUGCGUCACGAGGCCAAGCAGCGUCCCACAGCCCACGACCUGCUCUUCCACCGCGUGCUGUUUGAGGUUCACUCCCUCAAGCUACUGGCUGCCCACUGCCUCAUCAGCAACCAGUACCUGCUGCCAGAGAACUGUGUGGAGGAGAAGACCAAGUCCUUUGACCCCAACGGUCUCAUGGCAGAAAUCAAACAUGGCAACCGGCCUGGCGUUCAGCUCAAGUAUUCCCAUGUGUCUCCUUUGGAGCUGGACAAGUUCCUGGAGGACGUCAAGAAUGGGAUAUACCCCCUCAUGAACUUUGCGUCGUCGCGGCCACACCCCGUCCCCCGUGCCCUAUCCCUGUCCCACGAACAGGUGGAGACGGCGAAGUCCCCCACCCCUGAGCCCCAAGAGACAGAGAGCAGAAAGGUGAUUCAGAUGCACUGUAACUUGGAGUCAAAUGAAGAAGGGACCAAAACUCAUCUCUCUCUGUUUCUUAAGAUGGACGACAAGCUCCAUCGACAACUUAGCUGUGACAUCCUUCCGACUGACAGCUCCAAAGACCUUGCCAAUGAACUUGUUCACUACGCCUUCAUAAGUGAGGAGGACUGUGGGAAGCUGGCAGGAUUCCUUGAGGACGCGCUCACCAGACACAAGGGCAAAGCGCUGGCCUCUGGGAUCACACAGUGAGAAGGGGCCUCUCCGGAAGCUGGCCCACAGAGAGGGGCCUCGAGCAUUGACCACUCAAACAGAGCAAGACAGGGGCUAGAAGGCAGGAUGACUCAGCCAGGAUCAGAGGGACUGGCUCCAGUGAGGGUUUGAAGGGUUGAGCCUGAUGAGUGGUGAUUGGGACUGGGCCUGAUGAUUGGUGGAUCAUCCCAAAGAGGGCUAGGAAAGGCCAGGACUGAGAGGGACUGAAAGCAUCUCCGGUUGGAUGACUCAGAGGCAUCAUGACUUGUCAAAUCCAUUUGAAUUCAAUCACUUUUUGACAACACCCCUUUUGAUUUGAACUAAAUCUGCCAUACAUAUUUGCCCAUUGUAGAAGUGCUCCGAAAGUGACAUUCAAGUGAUAAAAGUGCUUUGACUGAUUUUGCAAACUCCACCAUACCAUGAGACAUCCAUGUCUUCAUCACUGGAAAAUAUAAUCAGUUGAGAUGUAUAUCAUUUAAAUGCAUACAAACAGGGUUGUCAAAUAUUUUAUAAUGUCUGGCAAAAAUAUAAAAACAUUAUACAAAUGUUUUAUUUUUUACCUUUAACAUCAAUUAUCUUUUCACAUAUGUUGUAACUUAGACCCUAUUUUACAUCAUCUAAGGUUUUGUGUUAUGCCCGCCAUUGGUUGAGACACAACAUGCUCUUGAAUAAAUCAAAAUCAUAUACACAUAAGUAGCAGAUGUUAUUGCGGGUGUAGUGAAAUGCUUGUGUUCCUAGCUCCAACAGUGCAGUAGUAUCUAACAAUUCACAACAAUGCACACAAAUCUAAAAGUAAAAGAAUUGAAUUAAGUAAUAUAUAAAUAUUAGGAUGAGCAAUGUCGGAGUGGCAUUAACUAAAAUACAGUAGAAUGGAAUAUAUACAUAUGUAAACAUGAUUAAAGUGACUAGUGUGCCAUUAUUAAAGUGACCAGUGAUGUCAUGUCUAUGUACAUAGGGCAGCAGCCUCUAAGGUACAGGGUGAUUGUCAUGUUUUGGCAGAAAAAUGUACUAAAAUGGGAAUAAAAUGAAAAUGUCAAUUUUCAAAUGGUACCACAAAGAUCAUCAGAGAAUGUUGACUUGAAUGGGAAUAUUUGUUGUUUUAAAUCUUUCUGAAAAUCUGUUCUUUCUGACCACUUCUUCCAUGGGCAAACAUGUAUGGAAAGUUUUGUUUAAAUCAAGAGAUGCUGUCAAAAAGUGAUUGAAUUCAAAUGGAUUUACCCGGCUGUGUUCAGCUAUCCCACAAUGCAGUGGAAGAUUGAUAAGUCCCCUGCCUAAAAGGGCUGUAAUGCCUUAAGAUGUAAUCAUCCAUAAUGACACUACUAUACUGUACUGCCAGUAGAGAUGUUUCCAAUGAUGAAUGGAUGUAGUGCAUUCAAGACAAACCAAUAAAACAGCUAUGUUUUUAUGUUAUUUUACAGUCUUCUAAUUAAGAGUUGAUAACUCCAGAAAUGUACACUUGGAAGUUGUUUUUGGAAAAUAAUCUAUAAAACUUUUUUUUUUAAAUAAAUAGGCUCCCUAGUUUUAUAAGCCCAUGCAAUACC